GGCCGGGCGUGUGAGGGGGGCGGAAAAGGGACGUCCGUUCUUUAAUGCGAAUGAUUGUUGAUUUUAAGUGCUAAAUGGUGCCUGGGAAAGCAAAGGGGUGAAAUCCGUUCUUGGAUGUAGGCUUUUGUGGAUCUGGUUACCUUGUGGAUCUGAAUACCUUGAAUAAGAUUGGAAUAGCCUUUAGUGGAAUUGCUAUGGACCAGCAGCACCAGGACUUCCUGAGUUCUUCACCGAACAGCCACGGGCUUCACUACAACUCCUCGGAUACCAUGGCGACCUCCCUCUCCGGUAUGACCAUCAAUGACCAUCACCAUGGCAACCAGUUCCAUAAGGAGAACGGCGUUGCAGUGGGGCACAUGGGACCAGGAGAUUGUCCAAUGAAAGCAAGUGGAGGAAACACGGCUUCUCCAACAGCACAACCCAAGGCUGACAGCGAUGCUGACAAGCGGGCUCCAGGUGCAAGACCUCAUGCUGCAGGCACUAAGAUCCCAGCCAUGACACCAACUCAGUCGGUCAAUGGCAAAGCCGCUGCUGCCAAGAAUGGCAAAGUCUCCCCCAAGGCCGCCGACGCGAGUGGGGGCAACAGCCCCGGCACCCCCAAAUCCCCCGCCAGCAAAGCGCUGGGCGCCAAGUCCCCCGCCACGGGCAAGGAGAUUAAGAAGGUGGCCGUGAUCCGCUCCACGCCCAAAUCCCCCGGCUCGCUCAAGGGCCGGCCGCCCGCCCCGCUGGCCGCCGCUGCCCCCCUGCCCGACCUCAAGGGGGUCAAGUCCAAGAUCGGCUCCACGGCCAACCUGAAGCACCAGCCGGGCGGAGGACAGAUCCAAAUUCUGGAUAAGAAGAUGGACCUGAGCAGUGUCCAGUCUAAGUGUGGAUCCAAAGCCAAUCUGAAAUACCAGCCUGGAGGUGGAAAUAUCCAGAUUCUGGAUCAGAAGGUGGACUUCAGCAAUGUCCAGGCCCGGUGUGGCUCCAAGGCCAACCUCAAGCAUACUCCAGGAGGUGGCAGAGUACAGAUAUAUGAUGAGAAGGUGGACUUUAGUAAUGUCCUGUCUAAGUGCGGCUCCAAAAGCAAUAUGAAUCAUGUACCAGGAGGUGGAAAUGUGCAAAUUCUUGAGAAGAAGAUGGACUUCAGUAAUGUCCAGUCUAAGUGCGGCUCCAAAGACAAUAUGAGACAUGUAGCGGGAGGUGGCAAUGUUCAAAUUGUUGAUCAGAAGUUGGACUUAAGUAGUGUGCAGUCUAGGUGUGGAUCCAAAGACAAUAUGAAACAUGUGGCCGGAGGUGGAAAUGUUCAGAUUGUCCACAAGAAGAUCGAUCUGACCAACGUGCAGUCGAAGUGCGGCUCUAAAGACAACAUCCACCACAAGCCAGGAGGCGGAGCGAGGAGGAUUGAGUCGCACAAGCUGAACUUCCGCGAGACGGCAAAGGCCCGCACCGACCACGGCGCCGAGAUCGUCUCCCUGGAGGACUCGCCCCACGACCUCAGCACCGUCUCCUCCUCGGGAAGCAUCAACAUGGCCGACUCACCACAGCUCUCCACACUGGCCGACCAGGUGUCGGCCUCUCUUGCCAAGCAGGGUUUGUGAUCACCUUGCCACCACUGCACACGCACAACAACCCACCUUCUGUCUAACACACACACGCGCACACACACACAGACACACACACACACUCUCACUCACACAUGCGACAAGUUAUCAUCCAUGGAUCUCAACUCCCUGCUCUAACGUUCCGGUAGAAUAGUGAAAAAAAAAGAGGAAAAAAAAUUGUCCUCGUGAUGUUUCCCAUCACCUCUUUUCUCACCUUUGGGAAUUUUCAACAAAAAAAAAAAAGAGCAAAAGACAUGACACUGUAGUUUCCGAGAUUUCUUACCGCGUAGCCGCCCCGGCUAUCACUGUUGAUUUUUCUUAACCUUUAGUAUACAUGACGACCAAUGAAAGUGUUCUGAUCCUCAUGUUCACAUCUUUAAAAAGAUCAACUUCUUUUCUUCUCACUUCCUUUUCACUGACUGUGGGAAUUGGUCAUUGAGUUAUUUUAGGAAAUAAUGAAAAAUGAAAAAAAAAGAAAAAAGAAAAAAAAGAAAGAUUCAGAAGGGAUGAUGUUUCCUGAGAUCCUAUUGUAGCCUCAUAUCUUACCACUGCAUCUCUAUGGCCAUUGUUGUCCAUUUCUAGGCCCGGUAGACUUUUACAUUGUUAGUCUUUUCUUUGAGAUGUUAACGGUGUUGUUGUGGAAAUGUUUUGGGAUGAUUUGAAGUGGCAUUUCAACAGGAGAAUAUUCAUAUGGUGUGAAUACGUAAUGGAAAAGGAGGACACAUAACCAUAGGAUAAGAGGACACAGAUUAAUUGCGAUAUUACAGAUUUGGAGGUUGCUUGAGGGGAAUUGCUUAACUUUGAGGCUUACAGCACCUACUCUAGAUAGAUAUUUAGUCAAACAAGAGGCACACACUAAAUGGCAGCAUUAUAUUGCAAUGUUUGAUGACAAGGCUAUUUUGUGUUAGUCCCCUUUUCCCUUUAAAAUAUUAAACAAACAUUAAAUAUUAAAACACAGUUACAGGGUAUCCGUAGUUGGUAAAUGCUUCGCUAUGGCAACCAGAGCUAUGCUUUGGUGAGUCAUAGUUUAUGCCAAGAUGAUCAGAGAUUCAGAACAGUGAGGUCAUUUCUUGCUCUCUCUGGCAUAAAAGAGAGAAAAAAACAAAAAACAAAAACAAACAAACAAGAACUAAAUGUAACUGAGACCCAGAGUGCUUGGUGUAGAGAAAACAGAUGUCUGUUGAGCACUUUUUUUCUUGUAAUAUUCUGUGGCUAUGACAUGUAUUUGAUAUGAAACAUUUUGACUGUGCCUGCUGGCAGAUUUCUAAUUUAUUAAGAUUAUUUUUGUUUCUUUUUUUUGUAAGUGCUUCAUUGUAAAAUGCCUAUCAUGUUUUCAUUAUUUUCUUUUUUUUCUGUUUGUUUAAAAGUGGCGGCUGUUUCAUAUCUUUAAGUUAUGGGGAAAUACAAAAAAAAGAAAAAAAAAACUUCAUGGCAUUACUCUUCAGCAUUAACCCUGUGCAUGGUCACUUCUACGCUAUCUUUCUAUAAAGCAGCUACUGCAGUAUUACGGGGGGAAAAAAUACACUUAUCAUACAUUCUUACAGGCCACUGUUGCUCCAUAUAACAACCUUGCUAAGAGAGAUUAAUGACAAGUCUAUUAGCCAACUUAAUCCUAAAUCAUCCAUUUUAUUAGCCAACCUUAAAUGACCAUUCAACUAGCUAAUCAAAUUCUCUUGUAUUACAAAAAGUGUUAUGUAUUUGUACAAUUUGCCAGAUAACUUUUUACGUCAGAAGGUUACAUCUACUGCGAGUCCCAGAACUUGGUGGCUAUCUCAGCCAGUGACGCCCCUACUAUUACUGAGAGUGUCUCAUGUUGGCCUUUUUAAAUCAAAGAAUGCCACAGCUUCGAGGAAGGCUACAACAUAUACACACCCUGAUGACCUGGCUUACUACCCCCUUAAGGGUGUGCAAAUGACUAAUGGAAGCUCUCGAUAAUUGUAUACCUGCCCAGUAUACACUAAGGUGCAGUAUCAUGUAAGGCCUAGCUCCAGUACGAGACCACUGGAAACUGGCCUAUCCUCUCUUCAGAUGACAUCCAUUCAAAGAAUAAAGAGAGAGCUGUGUGAGUGUGUCAUCACUCUCCUGUCAGUAGACGAGGCUUCUUCCUCACCUGCUGCGGACAGUCAUUAGCAAGUACGUGUCCAGUGCCAAUCGGACCUCAUGCCCAUGCUUUGAUCUUAUGGAGCCUACACUCACCAGUUAGAGCGCGAUUUCAUCCGAGCACCUCAGUCUGCCAGCCUUGUAGUAGGCCCAUAGCUACACCUGACUGUACAACACUCUUUUACGAACUUUGUCAAAUCAGGUUGACAGGUCGGGUUGCCCAUUGGGAAUUGGGUGUGGUGCUAUUAUGUAGUCUCCCAGUGAAUCGGAGGGAAAGCAUUCUCAAUCGGUUGUGGCAUCCCACAACUGAUCAUUUGAAAACUAUGCUACUUGCAUGCGUCUCAUGGAGGAGAUGGACCUCUUUGUUGCCUCUUUUGUUUUUUUUUGUUUUUGAACACGAUGCAUUAAUGGUAUAUCCUUUGCUCUCAAUCUCGCGCUUCUUAGGAUAAAUAUAUGUAGGUAUUACUGCAACGCAACACUACCCAAAAGGUGACCUUAAUUUCCUUAUUGGGUAAAGAAGGGAGGUGUAGUGAUAGUAUUUGAUUCUAUAUAACGUAAUGUGUAUAUGUUUGAUUCUCGAAUUAACUAUUUGCCAAGGACAUAUAUUUGAGGACACCAUGGUCAUAAAAGCGGUCAUUCGAAACUUAAAACGCAGUGCUUGCAACACAAUAAUCUGCAUGCUGUUUGGUCUUAGUUUUUCUUUACUCUAUCACAAAUUUGGCUGCACAUUUUUUUGAAUGUUUUUGGACAGAUGUGUGUACUAGUGGGAAUCAUGGGUGUUUUGGAGUGGUUGGGUUGUGGAUGAGGAUGAGAAAAAUGAAAGUGAUUGGGGUCGAGAAGUUGGAGGCUCGGCCUGGAUAAGGCGGAUGGACAGAAGAAAGGAAUUGUUGGCUACUAGGUAACGUGGGCUGGCUUGUGGCUGUUUUUUUCUUUCUGUUUCAUCCCCAGUAGCUCUCCUCCCUCCCUCGAGGGCUCAAGGAGAUGGACUUGCCGUUGUUCCUGUCUACACCUUUCUCACCAGUUUUGCGGGUUGUACAUUUUAGCUUGAGCGUUGUGAUUGUCGAUAUUGUUCUUGUGUGUUUUAAUAAUAAUUGGUUUAUGAUGAUUCUUGUCGCUGUAAAUGUGAAUUUGGAAAUAAAGAAUAUUAAACCAC